AUGUGGGCAAUUACUUCAGGAUAUUGGUGUAUUCUCAAGUCAACUGCUGGUGGUGUGGUGCUUGUAUCAAGAUUCAAGAGGUUAAGGGAGCAGAACAUCAAUCAAGCCCAUAGAUCAGGGAACAUAACCAAGAAGCCCGAGACAAAUAUGGAUGCUAUUGCUAGCGUAGCUUCAAACGUGGCUGUACCUUUACUACGAAACAUAACCUAUGUAUUGAUGUACAACAGUUACCUCACAGACCUUGAGAGUGCAUGCAGCUGUAGAGGAAGCACAAGCAUUCAACCUGUAGCAAUGAAAGUGUCCAAAAGCUGUGCUGGUUUGCCACUUUUGUUAGUCACAAUGGUGGACGCGUUAAAGAACAAGGAUUUUUAUGCUUGGAAGGAUGCGCUAGAGCAGAUAGAAAAUUUUGACCUGGAUGGAUGCUUUUAUUCUCAAGUGCAAUCUUCUAUUGAGAUGAGUUAUAAUUAUUUAGAAAGCCAAGAACUCAAAACGUUCUUCCUCCUUUUGGGUUCAAUGGGAAAUGGUUGUAGCACCAAAGAUUUGUUGGUGUUUGGUUGGUGCUUGGGUUUGCAUAAACAUGUUGAUACACUGGCAGAUGGGAGAAACAGACUUUACAAAUUGAUAGACAACCUGAGAGCUGCUUGUUUGUUAUUUGAAGGGAAAAGAGAUUCGCUUGUGAUGCUCGAUAUUGUUCGCAAUGUCGCUGCAUCCAUUUCAUCCACGGUCAAACCUUUCUUCACUGUACAGAGAAACACUGAACUGAAAGAAUGGCCAAGAAUGGAUCUCUUUAAAACUUGUCAUCAUAUUUUCCUGGACUGGUGUUUUGUCCAUGAACUUCCUGAGAUGUUAGAAUGUCCCAAGUUGAAGAUACUCCAACUCAACUGUCAAGGCAACAAUUUGAAAGUUCCUGACAAUUUCUUUGUUCUGAUGAAAGAAUUGAAGGUCCUAAGUUUAGGAGGAGUGAAUUGUACUCCAUCCCUUCCUCCAUCUCUUGGUCUUUUGACAAACCUCCAAUCGUUGAGUCUGUUCAAAUGCAUGUUGGAAGACAUUAGUAUUGUUGGACAAAUCCCAACUUUAGAGAUUCUCAACCUUGAAAAUUCUGAGCUCAAAGAGCUCCCUGCAGAAAUAGGAGAAAUGACUCAUCUACGGUUGCUAUAUUUGACUGAUUGCUCCACACUAGGAGAAAUACCUUGCAACCUAUUAUCUAGUUUGACUAGCUUGGAAGAGCUCUACAUGGGGAACUGUAAUAUUCAAUGGGAGGCCGAGGGAAAUGAAAAUGAAAUGACUAAUUCAAGAUUGAGUGAGUUAAGACAUUUGCAUGGACUAAAAACUUUGAAUAUGCAGAUAAAAUAUACUUCAGUUUUUCCUAGAGACUUGCUAGCCUUUGGAAAACUUGAAAGCUACAAGAUUAUCAUCGGGGAUGGAUGGAAAUGGUCCGCUGUGGAGUCUGAGAAUUACCAAACUUCAAGAGUUCUUAAGCUAAAUUUGAGCAUGGAUCCAAGCAUUCUUAUGGAUUAUGGGAUGAAGUUGCUGAUGAUUCACGCUGAAGAUUUGUAUUUAGCUGAACUAAAGGGUGUCAAGGAAAUACUUUAUGAAUUGAAUGAUGAAGGAUUUUCACAAUUGAAGCAUCUUAAUAUCCAAAACUGUGAUGAAAUGCAGAGCAUUAUUGGCUCAACUGAGUGGGCUCAUCAUGAUCAUGCCUUCCCCAAAUUGGAGUCUUUGAUCAUUCACAGUCUGAUUAACAUGGAGAGAAUAUGCACUGGCCCACUUCCAGCACAAGCUUUUACCAAACUGCAACUUAUCAAAGUAAAGGGUUGUGAUAGGAUGGAGUCUGUUUUAUUGCAUUCCAUGGUUAAACACCUUUCUGAACUUCUGGAAAUUGAGAUUUCAGAAUGUAAAGAUAUGACCUAUAUCAUAGCCAAGGAAGAACAAGAGGAUGCUGGACAAACUAGCAAGAUCAGGCUCCCGAAAAUGCGUUCUCUAACGCUUGAAUCCUUACCUUCACUUGUUAGUCUUUCACCUGAGUCGCACAUUAUUGGUACUGAAAACACCAAUGAUUUCUCCAGUGCACCUGAAAAAAGAAAAAAGAUUCUAGCCGAUAUGGAUUCCUUCAUCUUGCAUUAACCAUUAAUUUUGCAACGAAGAACACAGUGUCUAAUAGGUAUAGGCUUAAACAGAGAAGAAAAAUGACUAAUUGUAACUAACUUUUAGUUAGUUAGGUGUUAGCUGUAAAUAGAGGAAUCAAAGCCUCAGUUAGGAGUUUUUGAUUUAGUUGGAAUUGGUUGGGCUGGUUUAUUAGGAACUAGAGUUUACUUUCGAAAUAAAAGAUUUCUAUCUCUACUUUCAAGAACACAUAAACAUGGCAGUCAGGACUAGGGACCUUGAUACUGUUAUCAAAAGAGAAAAGAAAAAUAAUAUUUUUAAAGAGAG